AUGAACGACAGCUCCAAGCGAAAGGUGGCAUUCCGGUUCAAGACAGCUUCCAACGUCGACGUCUUAAAAGAGCGGUUCGACGAUUUGAUCGUCGCAUUCAAGGAGGACAAACUGAACUCCCUCCGUGCAUCAAGCACAGAGGAAGAGUACAAUGAGUGA